AUGGCUCACAUGCUAAACUCGUUUUACACACCGUUACCGAAUUCACCACCGAUGCCGGUCCCGAUACCGGUUGCAACGGAUUAUCCGAACCCGUUCGAUGUGAACCCAUAUCAGUAUACUUCACCCAGUAUUCAGUACGGCUCACCGGCUUUCUACAGUCCGCAAAUGUUUCCGAAACCAGCUAUGAAGCCGUACUAUAACUCGCAGCCAAAGGAAUAUCCGGUUAUCAAUUGGGGAAAUUUUUACGAGAAUUAUCCCGUUUAUCCCGAUUUCGAACGUCCACAAUUUAGUCCACCGAUGACGUAUCCGACCGCUCCCCCGCCGUACGCUCCGACUCCAUACUCACCUCCUUGCACUCCCAAUCCCCCCAUCCCCUCUUAUCCAUCAUGGGAAUAUCCUGCUACCCCCGAAUAUUCAUACAGCUAUCCCACGUAUCCUCCUCCUCCCUCUCAAUUCACCCAGUACACGUUACCCUCGCCUCCACCAGCGUCAUACCCCUCGCCUUUGUACCACAGAUACGCGGAGAUCGGCCCACCAGUCCCUUAUAUAUACUAA